AUGGGGGAUCUUUGGAGCAUGAUUUGUGAGGACUGUGGUUUUUCUGAGAAUGGAGGAAAGCCUUUCUGUUAUGAUCUAAAUCUUUUGAAAGAUCCUUCCUCGUGUAUCAGCCAUGUGUUGGUAAUUUGCUUUGAUGUGUUCCUGCUAAUCAUGUUAUCAUUCAUCAUGAUCCUGAAGUCUUCCUCGAGACGCUUUAGGAGUCUAGUAAGAUAUUCAAACUUGCAGUUAGUUUCUGCCAUAACCAAUGGCUUUCUUGGGUUUUUGCAUUUAUCUUUAGGAACUUGGGUUUUAGAAGAGAAGUUAAGGAAAAGACACACAGUCUUUCCUCUUGACGCGUGGUCGCUAGACCUCGUUCAUGGAUUCGUAUGGUUGUCAGUAAGUUUAACUGUAAGCCUUCAGGUAAAACAACACUCAAGAGCAUGGUCAUGGAUGUUUUCUGUUCUCUUAUUCUUUGUUUCUGGUAUACUAUGUGCUUUAUCCAUGUCUUGUGCAAUUGGCAGCAGAAAAUUGUCCCUCGAGGCAGCUAUAGAUGUUCUAUCUUUUCCAGGAGCAACUUUACUGAUGUUAUGCACAUACAAAGCAUGUACAUGUGAAGAUGCUGACAGAGAAAUUGGUGAAAGACUUUAUACUCCUUUAAAUAGUCAGUUCAAUGAAUUUGAUACUGUUGGCAAUGUAACCCCAUUUUCCAAAGCUGGAUUCUUUAGUAAGAGUUUGUUUUGGUGGUUGAAUCCAUUUAUGAAAAGCGGUCAAGAGAAGACACUUCUUGAUGAGGAUAUCCCGGAGUUAAGAGAGACUGACCGAGCAGAAAGUUGUUAUCUAUCAUUUGUAGAACAGUUAAACAAACAAAGUCAACACGAAUCAUCAUCACAUUCUUCGGUUUUAUGGACAAUAACUAUGUGCCACCGAAGAGAGAUUUUGAUAACAGGAUUCUUUGCUUUGCUCAAGGUACUCACUCUAUCUUCUGGUCCUCUACUUCUGAAUGAAUUUAUAUCGGUUGCUGAAGGUAAGAAAAAUUUCAAAUACGAAGGUUGUGUAUUGGCUAUAUCACUCUUCUUUAUAAAGAUCAUAGAAUCCCUAUCACAAAGACAAUGGUAUUUCCGCAGUAGACUUGUUGGAAUGAAAGUUAGGUCACUACUUACUGCGGCAAUUUAUAAAAAAAUCCUAAGGCUAUCCAAUUCUGCUAGAUUGGUUCACUCUAGUGGUGAGAUAAUGAAUUAUAUGACGGUAGACGUUUAUAGAAUUGGAGAAUUUCCAUUUUGGUUUCACAAGACUUGGACAACAAUUCUUCAACUGAGUAUUGCAUUAGUAAUUCUUUUCCAAGCAAUUGGACUAGCAACGAUAGCCUCAUUGGCGGUGAUAGUUCUCACUGUGAUUUGCAACACUCCAUUAGCGAAGUUACAACACAAGUUUCAAAGCAAACUCAUGGUAGCACAAGAUGAGAGAUUAAAGGCUAGUUCAGAGGCUCUUGUGAAUAUGAAAGUGCUUAAGCUAUAUGCAUGGGAAAUACAUUUUAAAAAAGUUGUAGAUUCCUUAAGAAAUGUGGAACUCAAAUUGUUAUCUGAUGUGCAAAUCAGAAGAACAUACCAUAUGUUUUUCUUUUGGACCUCGCCGAUAUUGGUGUCUGGUGCUUCUUUUCUGGCAUGUUACUUCUUGAAUGUUCCUUUGAAUGCAAGUAACGUUUUCACUUUUGUGGCAACUUUGCGUCUUGUUCAAGAUCCGAUUUCAAACAUCUCGGAUGUUAUUGCAGUGAUUAUUCAGGCAAAAGUUGCAUUUGCUCGGAUCGUUAAUUUCCUUGAUGCACCAGAACUGCAGAGUGAAAAAUGCAGGAAAAUGUGCUUUAAUGACAACCUCAAAGACCGAAUUUCAAUCAAAUGUGCAGACUUUUCAUGGGAAGCUAGUGAAUCAAAGCCAACACUAACGAACAUAAACCUGGACGUUAGACAUGGACAAAAUGUGGCAAUUUGUGGAGAAGUUGGCUCAGGCAAAUCAACCCUCUUAGCAACAAUUCUUGGAGAAGUUUCUAAAACAAAGGGAACUAUUGAUGUUCAUGGGAAGUUUGCAUAUGUUUCUCAAACAGCAUGGAUACAAACAGGCACAGUACGGGAAAAUAUUUUAUUUGGAUCCGAGUUGGAUGAUCAAAGGUAUCAAGAAACACUUCAGAGAUCUUCCCUAGUAAAGGACCUUGAGUUGUUUCCCUAUGGGGACCUCACUGAAAUAGGUGAGAGAGGAGUUAAUUUAAGUGGAGGACAAAAGCAACGAAUUCAACUUGCUCGCGCACUUUAUCAGAAUGCUGAUAUAUAUCUAUUGGAUGAUCCGUUUAGUGCUGUUGAUGCACAUACUGCAAAAAAAUUGUUUAAUGACUACAUCAUGGGAGGACUCAAAGGGAAAACAGUCUUACUCGUGACUCAUCAAGUCGAUUUUCUCCCAGCAUUUGAUUCUAUUUUGUUGAUGUCUUGUGGGGAAAUCCUACACGCUGGUCCAUAUCACCAGCUAUUGACCUCAAGUCAAGAAUUUAAUGAUCUUGUCAAUGCACACAAAGAGACCGCUAGUUCUGACCAAUUUGUGAGUGCUACUUUUUCCCAGAAACAUCCAACUUCCAUAAAUAGUAUGCAAGCUUCGGUAUUAAAGCAGUAUAAAGAACCAAAUGGAAAUCAAUUAAUUCAGCAAGAAGAGAGAGAGAAAGGAGACACGGGAUUGAAACCAUACUUCCAAUAUCUGAAUCGGAUGAAAGGCUAUAUAUUAUUCUUUGUGGCUUCCCUUUGUCACCUAAUAUUUGUGGUUUGUCAGAUAUUGCAAAACUCAUGGAUGGCUGCUAAUGUUGACAAUCCCCUUGUCAGCACAUUGCAACUGAUUUUAGUUUAUUUCCUAAUUGGUGCUUUAUCAUCGGUUUUUCUGUUCAUCCGAUGUCUACUUGUAGUUACUUUAAGUCUUCAAUCAUCAAAAGAUUUAUUUUCACAAUUGAUGAACUCCCUCUUCCACGCACCCAUGUCAUUUUAUGACUCUACACCAUUGGGAAGGGUACUUAGUAGGGUUUCAUCUGAUCUGAGUAUUGUGGAUCUUGACAUUCCAUUUAGCCUCACUUUUGCUGUGGCGGGCACUAUAGCUCUUUAUUCUAAUCUUACAGUUUUGGCGAUUGUCACAUGGCCAGUCUUGAUAGUGGCUAUACCAAUGGUUUAUGUUGCUAUUCAUAGGCAGAGAUACUACUUUGCCUCAGCAAAAGAAGUAAUGCGGUUGAAUGGCACAACAAAAUCCUCUUUAGCAAAUCAUGUAGCCGAAACUGUGGCUGGAGCUGUAACAAUAAGGGCUUUUGAGGAGGAACAUCGUUCUUUUGAGAAGAAUCUUGAUCUAAUUGAUAAUAAUGCUAGUGCUUUUUUUCAUAGCUUUGCCUCAAACGAGUGGUUGAUCCAACGGUUAGAAACAACCAGUGCAGUUGUUCUCGCCGCUGCAACUAUUUGCCUGGUUAUGCUGCCCCCUGGAACUUUCCCCUCAGGAAUUAUUGGCAUGGCUCUAUCUUAUGGCCUAUCAUUAAACGGUGCUUUAGUAUUUGCAAUUCAAAAUCAAUGCACUCUUGCAAAUCACAUAAUAUCAGUAGAGAGGCUAAAUCAAUAUAUGCAUAUACAAAGUGAGGCCAAAGAAAUAGUAGAAGGAAAUCGUCCCCCUUUGAAUUGGCCAAUUGCAGGCAAAGUAGAAAUAAAUGACUUGAAGAUACGAUACAGACAUGGUGGACCACUUGUUCUUCAUGGGAUCACAUGCACAUUUAAGGCAGGUCACAAGAUUGGUAUUGUUGGCAGAACAGGCAGUGGGAAGUCCACUCUUAUUGGGGCUUUAUUUCGUCUUGUAGAACCAGCCGAAGGAAAAGUUGUAGUUGAUGGAAUAGACAUCUCAUCUAUUGGCCUUCAUGAUUUGAGGUCACGUUUUGGGAUUAUACCUCAGGAUCCUACUCUUUUUAAUGGGACAGUGAGAUUUAACUUGGACCCUUUAUCCCAACACACUGAUCAAGAGAUAUGGGAGGUUCUUAGGAAGUGUCAGUUGCGAGAAGUAGUCCAGGGCAAAGAAGAGGGCUUAAACUCUUCAGUUGUUGAAGAUGGAUCAAACUGGAGCAUGGGACAACGACAGUUAUUUUGUUUGGGGCGUGCUCUUUUGAGGAGAAGUAGGAUAUUAGUAUUGGACGAAGCGACUGCAUCAAUUGAUAAUUCUACUGACCUGAUUGUGCAGAAAACCAUAAGGGCAGAGUUUGCAGAUUGUACGGUGAUCACAGUAGCACAUAGGAUACCAACUGUGAUGGAUUGCACUAUGGUUCUUGCUAUAAGUGAUGGGAAAUUGGCGGAGUAUGAUGAGCCAAUGAGCUUGAUGAAGAGAGAAGAAUCGAUGUUCAGGCAACUUGUCAAGGAAUACUGGUCUCAUUUUCAUUCUGCAGAGUCACAUUGA